UCACUUGCACAUACUUGUGCUCGUCUUCGGGUGACGCUCAUGUCUCAGCAAGUCCCAGAUAUUUCUUUACUUUUACCCCGGAGCAGAGCAGCCAACAAGGGCCACGCCACUGAGGAAUACAGACGAACCCACAGUCAGUCAGGGAAACCGUGACAACUCAAAUAAGAGGCUUAAAAAGCUGCUGCCCAAACUGUGCGCACCUGUCGACGCAUUUCACAGGCAUGCUGACAGGCUGAAGUCUCAAGUUACCCACAUUCCAGUCUCCUUUUCACCUUUAAUUGUAAACCUCCAGCGGGAGUGGCUCUGCGUGACCUCAGGCUGCGCCCUGAGCGGCUGAUACGCAGAGCAGCGCAAUGAUGUGGCUGAGAGAGUGAGCGCAUAGGUGGGAUCUAUCAGGGACAAUGGGUGUGUAGGACCGACGGCGCACAAAGACAGACAGCCAGAAAAAAAAAAGACAGCACUUUGACCUAUUUCCGUCCUCCCCUUUUUAAAUAAAUGCAAUGUCUAAGCGAGUCAGACCCGGUUAUUCCCGACAAGAAGUCAACAAAACGUCAUGGGAAGUACCGGAGCGAUACCGGGAUCUGAAGCAGGUGGGGACCGGGGCUUACGGGACGGUUUGCUCAGCCGUUGACUCCCGAACAGGAACCAAAGUGGCGAUCAAGAAGCUGUACCGACCUUUCCAGUCUGAGCUCUUUGCCAAACGGGCCUACAGGGAGCUGAGGCUUCUCAAACACAUGAAACAUGAAAAUGUGAUUGGCCUGUUAGAUGUGUUUACUGCCGACCUCUCCCUGGACAGAUUCCGUGAUUUUUAUCUGGUGAUGCCGUUCAUGGGGACAGAUCUGGGGAAGUUGAUGAAGCUGCAGAGACUGUCAGAAGAGAAGAUUCAGUAUUUGGUUUAUCAGAUGCUCAGAGGUCUUAAGUACAUCCAUUCAGCAGGUAUAAUUCACAGGGACCUCAAACCAGGAAAUCUCGCCAUCAACCAAGACUGUGAGCUCAAGAUACUGGACUUUGGAUUGGCGCGGCAGGCAGACAGCGAGAUGACGGGGUAUGUGGUGACUCGAUGGUACAGGGCUCCAGAGGUCAUCCUGAGCUGGAUGCACUACACUCAGACUGUGGACAUUUGGUCUGUGGGCUGCAUCAUGGCGGAAAUGCUGCAAGGAAAACCUCUUUUUAAAGGCAGCGACCACCUAGAUCAGCUGACUGAGAUCAUGAAGAUCACAGGAACACCAGCUCAGGAAUUUAUAUCAAAACUGGAAUCUGAGGAUGCCAAAAGGUACGUUAAAAGUCUCGCAAAGGUGGAAAAAAAAGAGCUUCAUAAAGUGUUUCCCACAACUAAUCCACAAGCUGUGUCUGUACUCGAGCACAUGUUAUUGCUGGACCCGGAGAGCAGGGCGACCGCCGCAGAGGCGCUCACGCUGCCCUACUUCGCCGAGUUCAGAGACCCAGAGGAGGAGAAGGAAGCACAGCUGUACGACCACUCGGUAGACAACACAGACCUGUCACUGGACCAAUGGAAACGUCACACCUUCACAGAGAUCUUGACUUUUAAACCAGUCGUGCCAGAAUCCAAGGAAACCUCACUGUAAAACACAAAACUGUAAUUGUGCUGCCUGGGACCAGAACAAAAACA